CCUGAGUUUCUGAAGCUGCUGUUCUCCUCUCUCUGUCUUUGAAUGAAGAUUGAGCUUCACCCCGGACUGCAACUCUGACCAACUUCUAUGGACUAUCUGAGACAGAAGUUUCAAAAUCAACAACUUAUGCUCGACUCUUCUGCUCCUCGGAUGCUGCCUGACCUGCUGUGUUUUUCCAGCACUUUUCGACUCUGAUCUCCAGCGUCUGCAGUCCUCAUUUUCACAUCAAUUUCUGACAGUCACUCAAUCCAUCGGGACUGCAACGAUUUUUGACUAUGAUUCUGUGAGAAGGAGCAAUGCUUUUUGGUUCCUGUUUGAAUAAGUUUUCAGCAUCAGCGGGACUGGAUGAGAGACCCUACUGUUGCAGUGCACUGAGUGUGGAUCCUGAAACAGUUAUACGGCCUGGAAAGAGGAAUUCACACCGGGGAGGGGCUGUACACACGUUUGUGUGCGGCUGAAGCUUCAGCCAUGGAGAAACCCGAGGAAUCCUGCCCCAUGGAGAAACCAUGGAAGUGUGGUGACUGCGGGAAAUGCUUCAGUUUCCCGUCUGCCCUGGAGACUCAUCGGCGCAGUCACACCGGGGAGAGACCAUUCCCCUGCCCAGAGUGCGGGAAGGGCUUUACCAGCAACUCCAACCUACUGGCCCACCAGUGGAUCCACACCAGGGAGAGGCCAUUCUCCUGCCCAGAGUGCAGGAAGGGUUUUACCCGCUCCUCCAACCUGAUGGCCCACCUGCGGAUCCACAUGGUGGAGAGUCCAUUUUCCUGCCUCGCAUGUGAUGAGAGCUUUCCCCAGGCCUCUACCCUCAUGGCCCACCAGCGGGUCCACACUAGGGUGAGAUCCUUCCCCUGCCCUGAGUGCGGGAAGGCCUUCAGCAAAUCCUCCAACUUGCUGACCCACCGGCGGGUCCACACUGGGGAGAGGCCGUUCUCCUGUCCUGAGUGUGGGAAGGCCUUCAGCAAUUCCCCCACCCUGCUGAGGCACCAGCGGAUCCACACUGGGGAGAGGCCGUUCUCCUGCCCUGACUGUGGGAAGCGCUUUAACCGCUCCGCCCACCUGCUGACCCACCGGCGGGUCCACACGGGGGAGCGGCCCUUCAAUUGCCCCGAGUGUGGGAAGGCCUUCGGUAAUUCCUCUGCCCUGCUGAUGCACCAGCGGAUCCACACCGGGGAGAGGCCGUUCCCCUGCCCUGAGUGUGGGAAGGACUUUAAACGCUCCUCUGACCUGCUGGACCACCAGCGCGUCCACACUGGAGAGAGGCCAUUCAGCUGCCCUGAGUGUGGGAAGGGCUUUACCCAGGCCUCCAACCUGCUGAGGCACCAGCGGGUCCACACAAGGGAGAGGCCAUUUGCCUGCCCCAAGUGCGGGCAGAGGUUCACAUCGUCCAGUAACUUACAGAGACACCAGAGGAGACACCAGCAGAUUCCGUCGGCGACGCUGCUGUGAGUCACCCCCCAGGACUGAAACUCCUGCCCUUUCUGACAGUGGGUGCAAGUGGGACCGUCAGCGAGCUCUCUUUAUUUUCUGCACCCACACACCCCUCCCAUCUCCCCCCAACCCCAGGUUGGCUCACGGGCAGCACAGUAGCUCAGUGAUUAGUGCCACUGCCUCACAUCGCCAGGGACCAGGGUUCAAUUCCACCCCGGGCUGACUGUCUUUGUGGAGUUUGCACAUUCUCCCCCAGUGUCUGCAAGGGUUUCUUCUGGAUGCUCCCACAAUCCAAAGAUAUACAAGUGAAUUAGCCAAGCUAAAUUGUCCCAGAGUGUUCAGGGAUGUGUUGGUGCAGUGUAUUGUUUAGGGGGUAAUGUAGAUUAAUGGGGUAGGGGAAUGGGUCUGGGUGGGUUCCUCUUCAGAGGGUCGGUGUGGACUUGUUGGGUUGAAGGGCCUGUUUCCCUGUAGGAUUCUGUGAGCUUUGCUUGCAGUGCUGCUCACUGAGCCCGGGACUGCACAUUCCCACUAAAUUGAUCUGCACAAACCUCAGAUGGCAUCCAAACCAAUGUACCAAACUAAAGGGGUAGCCAUGAGCACCCGCAUGGGACCCAGCUAUUCCCGCCUCUUUGUCGGGUACAUGGAACAGUCCAUUUUCCUCAGCUACACUGGCACCACCCCCUACCUGUUCCUUCUGUACAUCGAUGACCAUAUCGGUGCCACUUCAUGCUCUCACGAGUUUGAACAGUUCGUCAUCUUUAUCAACACCCUUCACCCUGACCAGCAUUCCAGAGAGGCCAUUCCCUGUGCGACUCCCUCGUCAGGUCCACACCCCCUCACCAGCCCACACCUCACUCCUAGCACCUUCCCCGCCACCGCAGGAAGUGUAAAACCUGCGCCCAAAACCACUUCUCUCACCUCCGUCCAAGGCCCCAAAGGAUCCUUUCACAUCUGACAGAAAUUUACCUGUACCACCACCAGUGUCAUCUACUGUAUCCAUUGCAUCCAAUGUGGUCUUCUCUACAUCGGGGAGACAGGACGCCAACUAGUGGAUCAUUUCAGAUAACCUCUCAGGGACACCCACACCCACCAACCCCACCGCCCUGUGGCUGAACACUUCAACUCCCCCCUCCCAUUCCGUCAAGGUCAUGCAGGUCCUGGGCCGCCUCCAUCGCCAAACCCUUACCACCUGAUAUCUGGAGGAAGGACACCUCAUUUUCAGCUUUGGGACCCUGCAACCACAUGGGAUCAACAGUUUCCUCAUGCAUUCCCCCCCCCCCACCCCCCCCCCCCCCCCCACCCACACACACACACACACACACACACACACACACACACUUAUCUGAGUCCCAAACCUCCACUCGGCACCGCCCUCCUGACCUGUCCAUCACCUUUCCUAUCUAUCUGCCCCAUCCUCCUCUCUGACCAAUCACCUUCAUCUGCCUAUCACAUUCUCAGCUACCUUCUCCCCCAGCCCCCCCCCCCCCAAAACCCUACCCCACUUCCAUUUAUCUCUCAGCCCUCCGGGCCCACAAGCCUCAUUGCUGAUGAAGGGUUUAUGCCCUAAACGUCAAUUCUCCUGCUUCUUGGAUGCUGCCAGACCUGCUGUGCUGUUCCAGCACCACACUCUGGACUCUGCCCACCUAUGUUGUCAGAGAUAUAGGACCUGCUCCAAACUGAUCCACAGCCCAGUUGAUAGGACAGGAAACUGCUUCCUUUCUCAAGACAAGUCUCCCGGAGAGAACUUGCUGACUGACUGACGUACUGAAUUUCACAGUGCUCCACUGCUCUCGGUUAUCUGGAAGGGGUCCACACACAUGCCUAAGGUGGUGCUUGAGACCAUUAAUAUCUCUUUUGGGAAUUGAUCCCCAUUUAUUCGAGGCUGUGUAGUCAUACAGCCUGGAAACAGACUGUUCAGUCCAACCAGUCCAUGAUCCCCAACUAAACUAGUCCUGCCUGCUCCUGGCCCUUAUUCGAUAGUCAUAGUCAUAGAGAUGCACAGGACGGAAACAAACCAUUUAAUCCAACUCAUCCAUGCUGACCAGAUAUCCUAAUCUAAUCGUACCGAAGUAUGCAGAAUUAAGAGUUCUCUUUGGCAAGAGACCUUAACAAGCUGUAGUAAUGGACUCAACGUAUGGGAUCAGGAAAAAAGCAUUUUCAUCUCAUAUUUUAGAGACAUGGUAACUAGAUUUAGCCUGGAUCAUAACACAGGUAAUGGAAUAUGGAAUGGAAGGGGUGGGGGGAAUGCUAGCUAAAAUACAGUGAAAUGGGGGGGAUUUCAUUCAAUCCUAAUUUAGAGGUAUGUAUGAAAAUAUAGAGACUGCAGUACUUAACAUGACAGUAAAAUGUCCCUUUCAUAUAGGAGCAUGUGCAAGAAAUCAGACAGAGAUACAUAAAAUCCCUACAGUGCAGAAAGAGGCCAUUUGUCCCAUUGAGUCUGCACUGACACCAAAGAGCAUCCCACCCAGGAUCAUCCCAUUCUCCUGCAUUUACCAUGACUCAUCCACCUAACCUGCACAUCUUUGGACUGUGGAAGGAAACCCAUACAGACAGGGAGAACAUGCAAACUCCACACAGACACUCAACCUGAGGCUGGAAUUAAACCUGGGUGCCUAGUGCUGUGAGGUAGCAAUACCAAGCACCCUGCCACCCUAAUAUGAUAUAAAAUUUGAACAAAUGCACUAAGCUGCAAAUUUGUCCAUGUGAAGAACUUACUGCAAAUGAUUUGAAGCAAGAAUUGUGUUUUGGGAGAGAUCCAGAACAUAUUUCGUUAAUGAUUGAAAAUCUUUGACCUUUGGAAUGGUCUGCGAGAGAGUGUGUUGGAGUCAGAUUCAAUUAUGGCAUUCAAAAGAGAGUUGGAUUAUUAAACUGAAAAAGAAAGUAAUCACAGUGUUCGGUGAAGAGUAGUACUGGGUACUGUAGUGAUUAUAAUUAGGUCAGUCAGGUGAGUUCCCUUAUUGGGGGUGUUCACCUGCUCUUCUUUACAUUUCACUUCAAUAACCUUUAGAUUCCCAAUAUCUGUAGGGCGCUUUCUCUGUUGCAGUGUCUACUCGAGUGACUCCGUGUCAAAUUUUGUUUAUGAGUUGUUCCUCUGAUAUCUCAAGAAAGGGGCUAUGAUAUUAACAGUGGUAUCUAAAUAGUUGUGGGUCACAAUGUACCCAAAUGAGAAAGAAUAAACUGACUGUCCUUAAAUAUUCAUUUUUAAAUCGUGGAAAUAAAAUUAAUGUCUGGAAAAUACACAACUUGUCAUGUAUUAAGAAGAUCAGAAAUAGGAAUGGGAAUAUGUAAUUGACUGUUGAGAUGCUCUGUCUUUCACCAUCCAUGGCUGAUUAUUUAUCUGAAUUCUCUUUCAUGC